AGCUCUUCUGGGAGUUGUAGUUAAACAAGACUUCCUGCUUUUACUAGGAAAAUCACCUACAGACGUCAAGAGACACUUCAUUGCAGUUUCCUCACCAGACAACUAACCUUCAAACUUAAGAGAAGUGAAGACUUUCAUAAUGAUGGGCACCACAGAUCAUGGGGUAGUUCGGCCACUGACAGCAGUGGCGUGGACAUCCAACACUUCCACCUGCCCUAAAGACUUCACCUUGAUCAACAUCACUGAAGAUGGAGCUAACGCAAACUUCACACGCAGCUUCGCCAUAAGGUCGGGUUAUUACCUUUGCUACAGUAAGGACACCUCUGGUGGGAUGGUCGUGUCAGACAUUCAGGUCAUUACUGACAAGGACGCCAUCCCUCAUGGCUUCUGCUUCAUUGCAGAGCACUUGGAACCAAAGGCCACCGUUUGGAAGAAAAAACGCAUUUGUGUGCGUGUUGUCCCCGUCGGUAGUGUGGACACAGCUGUCUUGGACAUCAAACUGACAGCCAAAAGCAAAAUGAUGUUACAACACUACACAUGUGUUGGAGACAUCCACGGUUAUGUGUUGUGGUGUCGAAAGGGUCAUUUUACCAGCACCACGCCCCAAGUCAAGCCUCGUAAUGUCAGUCUGGGCCUUCGUAGACUCUCUCUGGAGCUUCCUCCUACUCCACAGCCUCUAAGAGCCAGCAAUCCUCCUCAAGUGCCUAACGGUAAAAUCAGCUACAGGCGCCACUCCCUCCAUGUCAACGAGUCCCUGGACAAACCGGCUGACAGCAGCAUCCAAGUAAUCACAGCGCUAGAUGGAGUGCCUUUCAGCCUUAACCCAAAGUUUAAUAUCCAACCAAAUGCUACGACUCCUCAGCUCAACAACAUUCGUAUAAAAUCGCUCCAAGACAUAGAAAAUGAGUAUAACUACACAUUUGCAGUGGAGGAGUUGGCUGCCAAGAGGGCCAGACCGCUAGUGUCGACAUCCUCAGCAGCUCAGUGAUCUUUGUUCUUUCCCAAAGCAACUUCUGACCUCCUCCAUUGGAAUGUCAUCGUGGUACAAAUGAAGGGACGGUUACAUCUUCGUGGAGCUUUGAACUUGAAAUGUCAUUGAAAAGGCAUGCACUAACCAUCUGUUUAAAAUGUUGUGAAUCAUAGCAUCUUCAAACAUUCCAGUUAAGUCUUCCAUUUGAUUGAAAUAUAUUCUUUGCAGAAAUAACAGGGUGACCAAUCUAGGUG